AUGUAUUUUUAGUUUCAAAAUAUUACGUCCAAAUAUAUUAACCAUUCAAUCUAUUAAAAAUAAAAAAAUUAGUUAAGUGAAAGUUAUAUUUUUAAAUACAAGAAAUUUGAGAAAUAAAAAAUUUAAUUUUUUUUUCAAAAUCUAAAUAUCCGAACCCGAUCCAAAAUAAUCGAACCCGAACUAAAAAUACCCGAACCGAAGUACAGAAAUACCCGAACGGUUUUUAUACCUCUAUACCGAGAUACCCGAAAAUCCAAAAUAUCCGACUCGAACCCGAGGUCCACCCCUAUUAACAGUUCAAUACAUUUUCUCUUGGAUGUCGAUGUCUUUAUAUUUCUGAUAUGACAAUAAAUAUGAAACCUAACAGGUAUGGAGUCCAUUGAUAUAAAUAAAUAAUAACAAGUGAAGGCCCAUAAACUAACCAUAAACACUCACCUCUCAGUGUCAAUGGCCCCGAAUUCCUUCAACUCUAUUUAUUAAUGCUUGAUUUGUCGUAUUUAACAUAUUUCCAUAUCUGCGUCAACAUGUUGAUAGUGUAAGAUGAUUAUUAAAGAAUUAUACACAUUAAUAUCGUCUGCCGAUUCAAGUGUUUUAGAAAGAGCUUCAUCGUAGAAUUCUUAUCCAUGAAACUGUUCAUCAAAAUUGCAUAUAUUGCAGAUAGUUAAUCAUCAUAUGUAAUAGAAUUAUAGAUUAUAUGAUGAUGUAAGAUGUUACCCAAUAUUAAAAAAAGAGUUAUAGACAUUUGGCAUUCACAUACUUAUUUUAUUUAUUUUGGACCCAUCUGGAUUGGAUAUUACUUUUAGUUACUAAUGGUGUUCCAUGAGAUGUCCAUUUCAUUUGUGUAAAGACUAAAGAGAGCUUAGCACUAAACUUCAAAAUGUAUGGUUGAAUCUAUAGAUGGACUUAUUGUGGCAAUAUAAGUUAAACAUCAAUGAAUCUCACUCUUAUAUUUAUUUUUAACGUUAAUUAAUUACGUUAUUACUGAAUACAUAAACAAUCAUAUAAUUUAACAUUUUAUAAGAAUUCUCGUCUACUUACACCACCACUUACACCACCGCAAACCAUUUUUAUAAAGAUAUACACAUAACAUUUUUCUUACAAUUGAAGGUUUUUUAAAAACAUUUUUCUAUUAGUUUAUAUAAUUCAUCUUUUUCGAUUAAAUACAAAUUUCCUUAUGUAAAAAUAUUAAUAAACCAUCAGUUAAACCACCAGAUCAAGAAGCUUUCACGCUAUAUCAUAUACUUCUCUCUGCUAUAUUCUUCUAUCUGCUAUAUAAUACAUAGCGAUUCCCUAUUAGGGAGGGGAUACAACAGUGUUUGUCGUUGAAUUCAUUAACUUCUAAGAUUUUUGGGCCAACCAAACACAUGUGGAUUCAGUUUUAAUGGGCCUGUGCUUAAUUUAUAACCCAAGAAACGUGUCAGAUCUGCACGGGUCUAAGAUUGAAACACGUGUCAAGAUCUCAACGUACAAUCUUCCGCCAUUGUCUGACAAUGAGAGAUUGAAAGUACAAAAAGGCUUUAAGACCGAACUGGUUUGCUCUAAACAAACAGUAACGAACAGUUUGAGAUUCGAAGAUACAUGCAUGGAGGUCAAUGACAAGGUCAAAAUCGUAACUACUGUAGCCUCUCUUGUGGCGGCGACAGUUCUGCUCGUGGCGGAGUAUCGGCGGCGGCGCCACGGUAGGAAGCAGACAUCUUCUCCGAGCUCGUGUUAUCUGCACUCGGAGACCAAACCGCAGUUCGGUUUCAAACGAGUACUUGCGGAUAACUCUUACUCUGGAUUCAAACACAUGAAGAAGCUCGACGAUGUGUUUUCUUCCUCCAUAGGUUGGAUUUGAUAUAAUAUCUCAAGUUUAUUGCAUGUGUGUCUUUGAUUUGUAAUGUUUUGAGUUCGUAACCAAUGCAGAGAAACCUAACAACUCUCAUCCGUACGAAACUGAGAUCGCUGUCUUGUUAGAGAAUCCUCGUCUUGAUGAAGUUGAGUUCUUGAGGGGAGAAUGUUCACUGGAGAUGAGUGGUUCUUAUGUGUGGGUUGAGACGGAGUAUGAGUUGAAGAAGCUUGCGGAAACAUUGGCUAAAGAAAAAGUCUUUGGAGUUGAUACUGAGCAACAUAGUUUGCGAUCGUUUCUUGGUUUCACUGCUUUAGUUCAGGUAAGUGCUAAAGAUACGUUUUAAAAAAAAAUAAUGUUAGGAUUAUUUAAUAUAUUUCUUUUGCAGAUUUCUACAGAAGAGGAGGAUUUUUUGGUGGACACGAUUGCAUUACAUGAUGCAAUGAGUAUACUCCGUCCUGUUUUCUCCAAUCCUGAUAUUUGCAAGGUACAUUUUCAUCAUUAGAAUCUCUUCGCUUGAAUUGUUUCAGAUUUAUAUAAUUUUGAAAUAAUUUUGUUGUAAGCUUUUUUGUGUGCUUUUUAGGUGUUUCAUGGGGCUGACAAUGAUGUUCUCUGGCUUCAAAGAGACUUCCAUAUAUAUGUUGUUAACAUGUUUGAUACCGCCAAGGUACAGCUUUCUAUGUCCUCCUGCACUAAUUAGGAUUAAGUUUGUUGUUGUUGUUGUUUGGUGAAAGUAAAAUGUUUUUUGUUAAUAUAAUAAACCAGGCGUGUGAGGUGUUGUCAAAGCCUCAAAGGUCACUGGCAUACUUACUUGAGACAGUCUGUGGAGUGGCUACUAACAAAUUGCUUCAGGUUAAUUCUUUUAACAUUAAGGAUUAGUAUGUACUAUGUGUGUAUAUUUUCAUUAUCUAUUCUUAUAUUUGCUUAACUUCUUAAAUUCAUGAAGCGUGAAGAUUGGAGACAGCGUCCACUGUCUGAAGAGAUGGUGCAAUACGCCAGAACAGAUGCACACUAUCUACUCUAUAUUGCCGAUAGGUUGACUGCUGAGCUCACACAGCGAGGCACUGGUGAGCACCUUUCACUAUAGAUCACCAUUUUUUUGUAUAUUCUUGCAAAUAAGUUCUAAAAUAUUAGUGUAUCAGAAGAUUCAUCUAGCCCGGAUGACAAGUUCAGUUUUCUUCUCGAGGCUAGUAGACGAUCAAACAUGAUUUGUUUACAGUUGUACACUAAAGAAACAUAAGAUUUUCCUGGGAACGCUGCUGCUUCCUCGUUAAUUUAUCGUCAUUUAAACAGCCAUGGAGAUAACUCUUCCAUCUCCUUGGAUGCAAAGUUUCAGGAGCUUGUAAGGGAACUAUGUGCAUGGAGAGACUUAAUGGCAAGAAUUCAUGAUGAAAGCACGCGAUAUGUUCUGUCAGACCAAGCUAUUAUUGCUCUUGCCUGUAAGAAUCCAACAACAGCUGAGGAAGUACAUCAUUCGAUAGCUCAAGCUGAUUUGGCUACAGAGUCUUCACCAAGCUUGAGUUUAUCAAAUCAAUCUCCAUCUUCUGUUGUUUGUAGUCACUUGGAUGAUAUCUAUCAAAUGACUCAGGACAAGUUAGCUAAACUGGAUGCUCUUUUACCACUAGUUCUCGAGAAAUGUUUGGGGACAGAUGGAACAUGUCCAGUUUCUGUCUUCAACUACUCACUUCUGAUAAAUUUCAAGACAAAGAUCGGUGUCCACUCAGCUCCCAAGCAAAACGGACAUAGAAAGAACUUAAAGCAGUUCACUCGGAAGUCAUCGAGAGAUCUUUUCGUCAAGAAGUUCUCAUGCAAGGCUCCGGUUUACCACAACUGUAGAAUAUACGCAAACGAUGGACGUUUGCUAUGUUACUGCGACAGAAAAAAACUUGAAUGGUAUAUGAACCGUGGUCUUGCGAAGCUAGUUGAAGAAGAACCACCUGCGAUAAUGCUUUUGUUCGAACCCAAAGGACGUCCUGAGGACGAAGGGAAUGACUUCUAUAUUCAGACCAAGAAGAACAUAUGUGUUGGAUGUGGAGAAGGGAAUCACUAUCUGCGUUACAGGAUCAUACCUUCUUGCUAUAGAGUUCAUUUUCCGGAGCAUUUGAAAAGUCACAGGUCUCAUGAUAUAGUUCUGCUCUGUGUGGAUUGUCAUGAAGUUGCGCAUGCUGCUGCUGAGAGGUACAAGAAACAAGUGGCUUCAGAGUUUGGGAUCCCUCUUUUUGUUCGGAGAGUGGUGGAUUCAAAAGAAGCAGCAUCUUCUGUGGAGUGUGAUGAAUCAAGGGGUGACGUUAAGGAUGUUGGUGUCUCUCCUUUGCAUCUUAGGACAGCUGCAAUGGCGCUGUUGCGACAUGGGAACAGAAUGCCAUCUAGUCGCCGUGAGGAGUUGUUGCAGACUGUAAAGAUGUAUUAUGGGGGACGGGACAUAUCUGAGGAAGAUUUGGAGAGAGCUUUACUCAUUGGGUUGAGCCCUCACGAGAGACGAAAACUGGAAAGAAAGAAAGGUGUCCCUCUCAAAUAUUCUGCAGAGGUUGCUCAUAUGAACAAACAAGAAAACAGUAGCAAUGAUACUGAUGCAAACAGUUUUGUAUCUUCUUCAGUUGGAGAACAUGGUGAGGAAGCUACUGGAAAUUCUGAGAAAGAUAUGAAUGAAGAAAGUAGGAUAGUUGUUGCAGAUGAUAGUGGAGGAGAUGGAGUGAUACGAGCCGCUUGUGCUCGCGUAACUGGUGCCGUGAUUACAGGUAAGAGUAGAGAUAACUUGAUUGCAAAGCUUCCUUUAACCCUAGUCUCUCUUGAGAAUAAGGUUAAUGCUGGAAGAUGAUCCUUUAUUGAUAAUUAGAUAUGUUUAUAUAGGGCUAUUACAAAUCAUAACCCUAAGUAA